GGCGAGCCUCUCGCGGGUUCUGGGUUUCAGAGCGGUGGCCUCGGCUGCGAAGAGGGAGCUCCGGGUAUCUUUUAUAAGGUUCAGGAAAAGAAGCGGCAUCACCAAACGCUGUCAGUCAUGUUUUCUUUCAACAUGUUUGACCACCCGAUUCCCCGGGUCUUCCAGAACCGCUUCUCCACGCAGUAUCGCUGCUUCUCCGUGUCCAUGCUAGCAGGGCCUAAUGACAGGUCAGAUGUGGAGAAAGGAGGGAAGAUAAUUAUGCCACCCUCAGCCCUCGAUCAACUCAGCCGGCUCAACAUUACCUAUCCUAUGCUGUUUAAACUGACCAAUAAGAAUUCAGACCGAAUGACACACUGUGGUGUACUGGAGUUUGUUGCUGAUGAAGGCAUCUGUUACCUCCCCCACUGGAUGAUGCAGAAUUUGCUGUUGGAAGAAGGGGGCCUGGUUCAGGUGGAAAGUGUCAACCUUCAAGUGGCUACCUACUCUAAGUUCCAGCCUCAGAGCCCAGACUUCCUGGAUAUCACCAAUCCUAAAGCAGUAUUAGAAAAUGCAUUGAGAAACUUCGCCUGUCUGACGACUGGAGAUGUGAUUGCCAUCAACUAUAAUGAGAAGAUCUAUGAACUUCGGGUGAUGGAGACCAAACCUGACAAGGCUGUAUCCAUUAUUGAAUGUGACAUGAAUGUGGAUUUUGAUGCUCCCUUGGGCUACAAAGAACCAGAAAGACCAGUGCAGCAUGAGGAGUCAAUAGAGGGAGAAGCUGACCACAGUGGCUAUGCUGGAGAGAUGGGCUUCCGUGCCUUCUCUGGUUCUGGGAAUAGACUGGAUGGAAAGAAAAAGGGGGUAGAGCCCAGUCCUUCCCCAAUCAAGCCUGGAGACAUCAAAAGAGGAAUUCCUAAUUACGAAUUUAAGCUUGGUAAGAUCACUUUCAUCAGAAAUUCACGUCCAUUGGUCAAAAAGGUUGAAGAGGAUGAAGCUGGAGGCAGAUUUGUCGCUUUCUCUGGAGAAGGGCAGUCACUGCGGAAGAAAGGAAGAAAGCCCUAAGUCCAAAACUGUUGGCUGAGUGGAAAAAUAAAAGAUCCGAUUGCAACUGG